AUGCGGCAGAAAAGUGCAUCCUCCGCGACUGCACGUCGCUGGCCGACGCCCUCUGUAAGCGCCGUUGCUUGGAAGCGCCAACUCUUCUGUCCCGUCAAGUGUACUGACGCAUCUCGCGGCCCAGCGGCCAAGAACAUCACGGCCACGGCGUGCCACGCCCCCGUUCGCGACCGGUCCGGCCAGUACGUCGCCGUGUCCAUUGCCCUGGGGACAAUCACGGUCCUGCUCGUCGUGACCCGGCUGGUGUUUAAGCAGUUCUUCGCCGCAAACGUGGGCCUCGCUGCCGACGACAAGGUCAUCCUGGUCACGCUGGCCAUCCGCAUCUCGUGCAUCGUCAUCAACGUCCGGGGCCUGGCCGCCCACGGCCUGGGCAAGGACACCUGGACGCUCCCGUCGCACGAGCUGACCUCGUUUGCCGAGUGGCUGUACAUCAUGGAGGUGCUGUACCUCGCCGAGCUGUCCCUCAUCAAGCUCAGCCUGUCGCUCUUCUACGUCCGCAUCUUCCCGGGCAAGACGAUCCGGAGGCUGCUCUGGGCCACCGUCGUCACCAACGCCCUCUACGGCGCGACCUUUGUCGUCACCGCCAUCUUCCAAUGCUCCCCCAUCGACUACUUCUGGACCCAGUACGUCGAGCCGCACGCGACGGGGCGGUGCAUCAACAUCAACGCCUUUGGCUGGGCCAACGCCGCCAUCAGCGUGGCCCUCGACAUUUGGAUGAUUAGCAUCCCGCUGAGCCAGAUCCCCAAGCUCAAGCUGCACUGGACGAAAAAGGUCGGCGUGUCCAUCAUGUUUCUCCUCGGAGCAUUCGUCACCGUCGUUUCCAUCCUGCGCCUGAGCUCGCUCGUCUCGUGGGCAAACUCGACCAACCCGACCUGGGACCAGUGGAACAUUGUAUACUGGUCCACCAUCGAGGUCAAUGUCGGCAUGAUCUGCACAUGCCUCCCGUCCAUUCGCCUCAUCAUGCUGCGAGCCUUCCCCAACAUGACGCGCUCGCAUCCCACCUACGGCACCGAUUCCCUCAGCCACCACACGAGCGGUCAAUCGGGGGUCGAGAGGAGAACCACGACGAGGGACCAUCGUCUGUCCGACUUUGAACAAAGCGUAGGGCACACGUGGACGCGGAUAGAGUCCGAGGCCAAACAGUGA